AUGGCCAAGGAGGUCAGAAAUGAGAACUUUAAUCUCGAUGAAGAGAUUCUGGCGCCUUAUACCCACCUCACACGAAUUCGUGGCAAGGAGUUUAGAGAACAAUUAGUGAGGUCCUUCAACUAUUGGCUCAAGGUCCCUGAAAUUCAAUUUAAAAAUGCGAUCGAUAUCAUGACAAUGCUUCACAAUGCCACCUUACUGUUCGAUGACAUCCAAGACAGUUCGUUAACCAGACGAGGUCUGCCAGCAGCUCAUUGCGUAUAUGGCGUUCCUUUAACUUUGAAUGCCGGCUCCCAAAUGAUAUUGAAGUGUAUAAGUAAAGCCUCAGAGUUAGUACCAAGCCGGGAGGGCGACAAUGAUGGGUAUGUCUUAGAAGAUAUAACUGAGGGCAAGUUCACAUUGCCUGUGAUAUAUACCAUGAAGACUCCAGAAGGACCGCAAGUUUUAAGUAUCCUUUUUAACAUCGUGGACACAAAUAUAUCACAUCAGUUUGUAGUGUAG